AUGGGCACAGCACCAGGUGAGGAUGACAAGAGCCCACCUGUGGCCAUCCAGCUGAAUUCCACCCCUCCUUUGCUCUCCACGCCAGCAGCUGGGACCAGCCCAGACUCGCUGCCCGGACCGGGCUCUUGCUGGAAGUGGUCCAUGACCUCCGAGGCCUCUUCUGGACGAAGCCACUGUGCCAGGAGCGGGAUGCUGCGGAGGCGGGCCCCCGAGGAGGACAGUGCUGUCCUGAUCGACAUGGCCCCAGGGAUGGAGAAGGGGGACACUUACGGAAGCACAGCCAACACCUCACAGCCCGAUGGACACCAGGCGGCCACUUGCAGGGUGGGGAACCCUGCCAAGCCCCAGAUCGCAGACUUUGUCCUUGUUUGGGAGGAAGACCUGAGGCUGGGUCAGCAGCAGGACAGCGCCGCCCAGGACAAGAGAGACACACACAGGGCCUGGCGGGAGACCUUCCUGGAUAACCUGCGUGUGGCUGGCCUGCAUGUGGACCAGCAUCAUGUACAGGAUGAGGACAGCGCUGUGCACUACAUCCUCCUCAGCGCCCCCUGGGCCGUGCUCUGCUACUACGCGGAAGACCUGCGCCUGAAGCUGCCCCUGCAGGAGCUGCCCAACCAGGCCUGCAACUGGUCGGCCAGCCUGCUGCAGUGGCUGGGCAUCCCCAAUGUCCUGCUGGAGGACGUGCCCGAUGUGCCCCCCGAGUGUUACUCCUGCCAGUUCAAAGUGAGCAAGCUGUCGAGGUUCCUCAGGAGUGACGACCAGGACACCUUCUUCACCUGCACCAACAGGCACCAGAUCCUGUUUGAGAUCCUGGCCAAGACCCUGUACGGCCAUGAGAAGAAAGGUCUGUUUGGGAUCGACCAGCUGCUGUCCCAGGGCGUCUUCAAGGCGGCCUUCCCCCUGCACGAGGGCCCCUUCACAACACCCCCUGAGGGCCCGUGGGCCCCUGGCCUCAACCAGCGGCAGGUCCUGUUCCAGUACUGGGCCCGCUGGCGCAAGUGGCACAGGUACCAGCCUCUGGACCACGUGCGCAGGUACUUUGGGGAGAAGGUGGCCCUCUACUUCGCCUGGCUGGGGUUCUACACAGGCUGGCUCCUGCCAGCGGCCGUGGUGGGCACGCUGGUAUUCCUGGUGGGCUGUUUCAUGGUGUUCUCAGACACACCCACGCAGGAGCUGUGCAGCAGUGCGGAUAGCUUCCAGAUGUGCCCACUUUGCCUCAACUGCCCCUUCUGGCUGCUCUCCAGCGCCUGCGCCCUGGUCCAGGCCGGCCGGCUCUUCGACCAUGGCGGCACCGUCUUCUUCAGCGUGUUCAUGGCCCUGUGGGCGGUGCUGCUCCUGGAGUACUGGAAACGCAAGAGCGCCACGCUGGCCUACCGCUGGGGCUGCUUCGAUUAUGAGGACAUCGAGGAGAGGCCGAGGCCCCAGUUUGCCGCCUCGGCCCCCACGACAGCCCUGAACCCCAUCACCGGCGAGGAGGAGCCCUACUUCCCCAAGAGGAGCCGUAUGCGCCGCGUGCUGGCCGGCUCCGUGCUGGUGCUGAUGAUGGUGAGGGUCCUGCCAUCCUCCCUCCCUUCACACCCCUUCCUCCUGAGCUGCUGGGGGCAGCUGUUGUCCCCCGUACUCCUGGGACCCGGGAGACACUUGCUGCUGCAGAAAGGCCCUCCUGCUUCUCGCAUUGCCAGCCUCACAGGCUCCGUGGUGAACCUGGUCUUUAUCCUUGUCCUCUCCAAGAUCUACGUGGCCCUGGCCCACAUCCUGACAAGAUGGGAAAUGCACCGGACGCAGACCAGGUUUGAGGACGCCUUCACCCUCAAGGUGUUCAUCUUCCAGUUCGUCAACUUCUAUUCCUCGCCCAUCUACAUCGGCUUCUUCAAGGGCAGGUUUGUGGGGUACCCGGGCAGCUACCACACCUUGUUUGGGGUUCGCAACGAGGAGUGUGCGGCAGGAGGCUGUCUCAUCGAGCUGGCUCAGGAGCUCCUGGUCAUCAUGGUGGGCAAGCAAAUCAUCAAUAAUGUGCAGGAGAUUCUCGUCCCGAAGCUCACGGGUUGGUGGCAGAAGUUCCGGCUUCGCUCCAAGAAGAGGAAGGUGGGGGCUUCAGCUGCUGCCAGCCAGACGCCCUGGGAGGCAGACUAUGAGCUCCUGCCCUGUGAGGGCCUAUUUGAUGAGUACCUCGAAAUGGUGCUGCAGUUUGGCUUCGUCACCAUCUUCGUGGCUGCCUGUCCGCUGGCGCCGCUCUUCGCGCUGCUCAACAACUGGGUGGAGAUCCGCCUGGACGCGCGCAAGUUCGUGUGCGAGCGCCGGCGCCCAGUGGCCGAGCGCGCGCAGGAUGUGGGCAUCUGGUUCCCCAUCCUGGCUGGCAUCACGCACCUGGCGGUCAUCAGCAACGCCUUGCUGCUGGCCUUCUCCUCCGCCGCGCACAACCGCACGUGCAGGUAUCGGGCAUUCAGGGAAGACGAUGGGCAUUAUUCCGGGACUUACUGGAACCUUCUGGCUAUCCGUCUGGCCUUUGUCAUUGUGUUUGAGCAUGUGGUGUUCUCCAUCGGCCGGAUCCUCGACCUCCUGGUACCUGACAUCCCUGAGUCUGUGCAGAUCAAGGUGAAGCGGGAAUACUACCUGGCCAAGCAGGCGCUGGCUGAGAACGAGGCUCUCUUGGGGACGAAUGGAGCCAAGGACGACCAGCCCUCAGCCUCAGAGGAGAGUCUGGGCCCACAGCCUAGGCGACCAGAAGCCAGCCGGUCCUCGCCAAUCCCUUCCCUCUAAGGUCGCAGGGAUCAUGUUGGGGGCUGAGGGGCCUGGAGUCAGACCCACCUGGAGUGCAGAGUCCUCAGGCCCUGGAGAUGAGAGGCCUCCUCCUCUCCUUCUCCUCAGCUGCCUUGGGCCCCUGCUCCUGCCCCCUGCCUCCCAGGUCCUGGUUGCAGCCCCCACUGGCCACCCCUUUAGAGUACCCAAAGCCAGGCGACUCUAGCAGGGGAACCUGGUGGGCUGGGGCAUGCCUCCACCAUCUCCCUCCCAGCCCCAUGAGCCAGUAUCCUCUCCUCACACUCCCCCAGGGGCAGAAUGGCUCCACCCUGAGACUUGCUCCUGUCACCCCCACCCGCCUCUGGGCACACUGCCUACUCCCCUACAUCUUUACUCAGAGCUGUGGCCCUUCCAGGCCUCAACCCUCCACUUCGUGCCAUCCUGGGUCCCUGCACCCACGCCCCCCCCACCCUCCCUGCUCACUUCUUACUUGCCCAUCAGCCCUCACAUGAAUCAUCUGCCAAUCUAGCCAGUGGACUCUGGGUCCUGCGUCCUCUGGUGUUUUGAUCCUGCUGUCCUUGGAAUGAUGGAAUGACCCCUCUCUAGGCCCACCUGGUUACACAGAGUCCUGCCUGCCCCCCAGCACUCUAUGUUCCAGGUCACAACCUGGAGUCAGCUCAAUCCCUCACCCACUUUCUCCGCUCCCCAUUCCUAGCCAAGGGCUCCUGAGUCUGUCACCAUUUCUUGAACCUGGUGCCCCCUUUCACUCCCAGCCACUAUGAGUGACCUCUCAGGCUAAAAAGCUGUACUGCCCAGCUCCCUCCCAGACUAUAGCCUGAGGCUGAGGAAGGUUUGGAAGAAGACUCAAUUUUAUUCCCUGACCUGUGAACACUGGAGUUUCCCGUAUGUUUACACAUGAUCAUCUCCAAAGUUGGGAGCACCUUAGUACAUCCAGUUGGACCUUGUCCACUGACCAGCUUGUGAACCCCCUUCCACAGCCUCCUUCCAUUAACUCAGUUAACCGCUGUGCCCAUGCGUGACUCCACCACGGGGUGCUUGCCCUUGGCUGUGCACUCCCUGCUGGGUGUGUGGGUUUUCUCCACCUGUACCUUGUAAUUCAUGCUGGAAUAAACCUCCCGAAGUACUGUG